CAACAUUAUUUAUUAACUGUCAUUUACGAGUAUUGUAAAAGAGAUUAUAUAUUUUCUUUAAUUUUGGGAAGUUAUGUUAGAGUUAUUGCAUACAAUAAGAUAUUUAUAAUUCGCUUACAAAAUAAAAAAUCAAAAUUGUGUGCGAUAUGAUAUACACUAAAUAGGUUACCCGCGUCACCUUUCUAUGGGAGUUGAAGCUGGAUUCUAAUUUGGAUUACAACUAAAAUUCCUUUUAAUUUUUUGGCCAUACUGUAAUAAAUAUGUCUAACAGAAGAAUUAAAAAACCACCACCUCCCGCAUUCAGUUUUAAGCCACAAGAAGAACAAGUCACUGUAACACCUCCAAGGAAUUUGGAUAAACAGACCACCAUCACAGUUGAUGACAAGACCUUUACUGUUCAUGCUGACGAUCUGGUAAAAUUAUGUGAUCUUGGCCGAGGAGCUUAUGGCAUUGUGGAGAAGAUGCACCACAAACCCAGUAACACCAUCAUGGCAGUCAAGAGGAUCACAGCUUCAUUCAAUAGCCAAUCAUUAGAGUUGAAGCGUUUGUUAAUGGAUCUCGAUGUGUCCAUGAGGGCCAGUGCAUGUCCUUACACUGUACAUUUUUAUGGUGCCAUGUUCAGAGAGGGGGAUGUUUGGAUCUGUAUGGAGGUUAUGGAUAUGAGCCUUGAUAAGUUCUAUACAAAGGUAUACAAGAACAAUAAAACAAUAACAGAGAAUAUUCUUGGGAAAAUUGCAUUUUCGGUUGUGAGUGCACUGCAUUACCUCUAUUCAAAGCUGAGGGUUAUACACAGAGAUGUGAAACCUUCAAAUAUAUUGAUAAAUAGGAAAGGGGAGGUCAAAAUGUGUGAUUUUGGGAUUUCAGGAUAUUUAGUAGAUUCAGUAGCUAAGACCAUAGAUGCUGGCUGUAAGCCUUACAUGGCACCCGAAAGGAUUGAUCCAAGCGGUAAUCCUGGACAAUAUGACAUCAGAAGUGACGUAUGGUCCCUUGGAAUAUCCAUGAUCGAACUUGCUACAGGAAAGUUUCCUUACAACACCUGGGGAACACCAUUUGAACAGCUCAAGCAAGUCGUAGAGGAUGAUCCACCAAGUCUUCCUAUAGGACAGUUCUCACCCGAGUUUGAGGACAUAAUCACCCAAUGCCUCAAAAAGGAUUACAGGCAGAGACCGAAUUAUGACGCACUGCUUUCACAUCAAUUCUGCCAGGAACACAGCGAGAAAGAAACAGACGUGGCUUCCUUUGUCAAGGAGAUACUUGAUAUACCCGACGAUUCCUAGUAAACGGUGUAUACCUACUUACAUACCUAUAAGUACAAGUGUUUAGAAACUAACAAUAGUGUCGAUUUAUCGAGAGAUCAUAAUCUUAAUGUUUAUUAACAAGUCUUUUAUAGAGGUUAGAUGAUGGACCAGCCGUCAAUUAAUGGGAUAAGCAUAUUACCUAACCUUACUAUAGUAUAUCCGUGUCUAAAACUUUGGCCUUACCCGAGAUGACAGCUGUGUGCUGUCACAGAAAUGUUAUAUACAUCACAAGUAAAAUUAGUCCAAAUAAAAUAUUUGUUUAGA